AGCAUGAAGCAUCAGAGCUUCAAAUAAAGCAGCAAUCUACAAGUUACCGAAGUCAACUACAACAGAAAGAGGUAGAAAUCAGCCACCUUAAAGCAAGGCAGAUGGCACUGCAGGAGCAGGUGCUGAAGCUGCAGUCAGCCGAGCAGCCCAUGGCAUCUUUGUCCCUCAACUGUGGUGUCCGUCCCCAUGCUCCCACCUUCCAACAUGAUGACAUGGACUUUGGAGACAUCAUUUCAUCCCAGCAAGAAAUCAACAGAUUGUCAAACGAAGUCUCAAGGCUUGAGUCAGAAGUUGGUCAUUGGAGACAUAUUGCUCAGACUUCUAAAGCACAAGGAACACAUAGCUCUGAUCAAAGUGAAAUCUGCAAACUGCAGAAUAUCAUUAAGGAACUUAAACAGAACCGAAGUCAGGAAAUUGAUGACCAUCAACAUGAAAUGUCAGUGUUGCAGAAUGCACAUCAACAGAAAUUGACAGAAAUAAGUCGUCGACAUCGAGAGGAAUUACGUGACUAUGAAGAACGAAUUGAAGAACUCGAAAAUCUGCUACAGCAAGGUGGCUCUGGAGUUACAGAAACAGAUCACUCUAAGAUCUAUGAGAUGCAAAAAACCAUUCAAGUUCUACAAACUGAAAAAGUCGAGUCUACAAAAAAAAUUGAAGAACUUGAGGAUAAAAUAAAAGAUACAAACAAAAAGUUGUCUUCUGCAGAAGAUGACAGAGAUGUUUUGAGGGGAGAACAAGAACAGCUGAAGGUGGAAAACAGACAAAUGAGUGAAGAAUAUGAACGCUUGAAGCUGGCAUGUGGUCAGUUACAACCUCACACUGUGAAGCAGGGCCACGCUGUGAUGGGGGAGGACGGAACUCUUACACAGGGCAUCCCAGUGGAGGAAGUGGUGCGACUGCAGCAGGCGCUGUCGGAUGCUGAAAAUGAAAUAAUGAGACUGAGUAGUUUAAACCAGGAAGAACUUCAAACAUCACUUUUAAAAUUGAAAAAUGAAUAUGAAGUGAUUAAAAGUACAACUACAAGAGACAUGACUUUGGAUUCAGAAUUACAUGACUUAAGGCUUAGUUUGGAGGCAAAGGAACAAGAACUCAACCAAAGUAUCAAAGAGAAGGAAGUACUGAUAACUGAGUUGGAAGAGUUGGACAGACAGAACCAGGAAGCUACAAAGCACAUGAUUUUAAUAAAAGAUCAACUAUCAAAACAGCAAAAUGAAGGUGAUAGCAUCAUCAGUAAACUGAAGCAAGAUCUGGAGGAUGCUGUCAGGAGAGUUCAUCAACUUGAAGAUGUUGAAGUGAGCAUUACCAAAGAACUGGGUGUACAAAAAGAAGAGUUAAUUCACAGUGAACUGGUCCUGAGUGAUUUACGUUUAGCCAAGGAGAAGCUUGAGGGUAAAGUAGAAGAUUUAGCAGAUCAGCUAAACAGAUCACAAAAGGAUAAUGUAUACAUCCAGAAGGAAAACCUUGAACUUAAGGAACAUGCUAGACAGAGCGAAGACGAGCUUUCCAAACUCAGAAGUGAAUUAGCUCUGUCACAUAAACAAGACUCUAACUGUGAUUUUAAGGAUAACUUGCUUAAAGAAAGGGAGGCUGAAAUUAGACACUUAAAGCAAAAUCUUUCAGAGCUAGAACAGCUCAAUGAAAAUUUAAAGAAAGUUGCUUUUGAUGUCAAAAUGGAAAAUGAAAAGUUGGUUUUAGCGUGUGAAAAUUUAAGACAUCAGUUAGAAGACUCUAUUGCUUGUGACAGUCAGAUUUCUCUGGAAAAAAGCACUAUUGUGGAGACUUUAAAAAUGGGCCAAGGACAGAUAACAGCAGUGUUGUGUCGGGCUGAGCAGAGGCUGGUGGAAGAAGCCAGCAAGGACAAGCAUGCCCCGGAGGGGCUGUCAGCUGUACACAACCCUGGUCCUGAUGCCUCUGCCCCACUGCUGGAGCAUGAGCAAUUAGCCAGGCUCAGCCGAGAGAAGGACUGUGAGAUAGCAGAGCUCAGGAAGAGCAUGGAGCAGUUGGACUCUGCCCACAGAGAGACGAAGAGGGUGCUGUCAUCUAGCUUAGAAGAGCAGAAGCGCUUGACACAACUUAUCGGCGAGAAAGAAGUGUGUAUUGAAAAGCUUCAAGAGAGAAGUUCAGAGCUGCAGGAGGAAUUAGGUCAGUAUUCACAGGCCUUUAAAAAAAAUGAGCUGUUAAGGCAGACCCUUGAAGAGAAGGACCGCAGCCUCAGCGCCAUGAAGGAGGAGAACAACCACCUGCAGGAGGAGCUGGAGCGACUCCGGGAGCAGCAGAGCCGCACUGCACCAGUGACCGACCCCAGGGCCCUUGACAGCAUCAUGGAACUCGAGGCAGAGGUGUCGCAGCUGAAUGUUGCUAAGGGCCGUCUUGAAGAGGAAGUUAUACACCACCAGAAGGUCAUUGAAGAGCAAAGCCGGAGUAAGAUGCAGCUGCUCCAGUCUCUGCAGGAGCAAAAGAAGGAGAUGGAUGCGCUGAGUUAUCAGCACGAGCAGGUGAGUAUUGCCCAUGCACGGGUCCUCCUGCAGAAAGACGAGGAAAUCCAGAGCUUGCAGAGGACUAUUGAGCAGGUCAGAACCCAGGUGCAGGAAGAGAUGCCCGAUAUCCAGGCAGAGGAUUCUGACAUUUUUCAAGAAGCGAAAGUACAGAGCCUGAAUAUAGAAAAUGGCAGUGAGAAGCAUGAUUUAUCCAAAGCUGAGACUGAAAGACUAGUGAAAGGACUAAAAGAGCGAGAACUGGAGAUCAAACUCCUAAACGAGAAGAACAUCUCUCUCACAAGACAGAUUGAUCAGCUGUCCAGAGAUGAGGUGGGCAAGCUCACUCAGAUCAUCCAGCAGAAAGACCUGGAGAUACAGGCUCUUCAUGCCAGGAUGGCAGCAGCGCCUUACAACCAGGACCUCACCUACCUUCAGCAGCAGUUACAGGCCUACACCCUGGAGCGUGAGCAGGUGAUGGCUGUCCUGAACGAGAAGACCAGGGAGAACAGCCAUCUGAAGGCAGAGUACCACAAGAUGAUGGAUGUCGUAGCUGCCAAGGAAGCAGCCCUCAUCAAGCUGCAAGAUGAGAAUAGGAAACUAUCCACUCGGUAUGAAAGCAGUGGCCAAGACAUGUUUAGAGAGACUGUUCAGAACUUGUCACGUAUCAUUCGAGAAAAAGACAUUGAGAUAGAUGCACUUAGCCAGAAAUGCCAGACUCUACUGGCGGUUUUGCAGACAUCCAGCACUGGUAACGAGGCUGGAGGAGUGAACAGUAACCAGUUUGAGGAGCUUCUGCAGGAGCGUGACAGGUUGAAGCAGCAAGUGAAGAAGAUGGAGGAAUGGAAGCAGCAAGUGAUGACCACCGUGCAGAACAUGCGGCAUGAGUCGGCCCAGCUCCAGGCGGAGCUGCAGCAGCUGCAGGCCCAGGUGCUGGUGGACAGUGACAAUAGCUCCAGGUUACAGGUGGACUACACGGGCCUUAUCCAGAGCUAUGAGCAGAAUGAAACUAAACUCCGAAACGUGGGACAGGAGCUGGCGCAGGUUCAGCACAGCAUAGGACAGCUCUGUAGCACCAAGGACCUGCUCUUGGGCAAGCUGGAUAGCAUCUCACCCCAGCUGAGUUUCGGGCCACCGCUGGCUCUCCAGCUGGAAGAGUCUCCUGGAGUGAGGGAAUCUGCGGCAGUGGGGGAGUCUUCUCAGCCACUUCAGCAGGAGGUGGAGGAGCUGAGAAAAUCACUGCAAGAGAAAGAUGCCACAAUUAGAACUCUCCAGGAAAACAACCACAGACUGUCUGAAUCUGUUGCUGCCACCUCCCAGCUAGAACGAAAAGAGCACGAGCAGACUGACUCAGAAAUUAAGCAGCUCAGGGAGAAACAGGAUGUUUUACAGAAGUUACUUAAGGAAAAAGACCUCUUAAUCAAAGCCAAAAGUGAUCAGUUACUUUCCUCAAAUGAAAAUUUCACUAACAAAGUAAAUGAAAAUGAACUCUUGAGGCAGGCAGUAACAAACCUGAAGGAGAGAGUAUUAAUUUUAGAAAUGGACAUUGGUAAACUAAAAGGAGAAAAUGAAAAGAUAGUAGAGACCUCCAGGGGAAAGGAAACCGAGUAUCAGGCCCUGCAGGAGACAAAUAUGAAGUUUUCCAUGAUGUUGCGAGAAAAAGAGUUUGAGUGCCAUUCGAUGAAGGAGAAGGCACUGGCAUUUGAACAGCUGCUGCAGGAAAAAGAGCAGGGCAAAACUGGAGAGUUAAAUCAGCUUUUAAAUGCUGUUAAGGCAGCGCAGGAGAAGACAGUUGUGUUUCAACAGGAGAGAGACCAAGUCAUAUUGGCCCUGAAGCAAAAACAGAUGGAAAGCAGUGCCCUACAGAAUGAGGUCCAACAUUUACGUGACAAAGAGUUGCGGUUGAACCAGGAACUCGAGAGACUAAGGAACCAUCUCUUAGAAUCAGAAGAUUCUUACACCCGGGAGGCCUUGGCUGCAGAAGACAGAGAGGCUAGACUCAGAAAGAAAGUUGUGGCAUUGGAGGAAAAGCUGAUGUCAUCCUCCAAUGCGAUGGAAAAUGCAAGCCAUCAGGCCAGUGUACAGGUGGAGUCGUUGCAGGAACAACUGAACGUGGUCUCCAGGCAGAGGGAUGAGACCACACUGCAGCUCUCUGCCUCUCAGGAGCAGGUGAAGCAGUAUGCGCUGUCACUGGCCAACCUGCAGAUGGUCCUGGAGCACUUCCAACAAGAGGAAAAAGCUAUGUAUUCUGCUGAACUAGAAAAGCAAAAACAGCAUAUCAGUGAGUGGAAGAAAAAGACAGAACAUUUGGAAGGAAAAGUGAUAUUAUUACAGGAGCGUUUGGAGGAAGCAAAUGCUGCGUUGGAUUCAGCAUCCAGACUCACAGAACAGCUGGAUCUGAAAGAAGAACAAAUCGAAGAACUUAAAAAACAAAAUGAGCUCCGGCAGGAGAUGCUGGACGAUGCACAGAAGAAACUGAUGGAUGUGGUGACCAGCACAGAAGGGAAAGUGGACAAAGUCCUAAUGAGAAACCUCUUCAUUGGACAUUUCCACACACCAAAAAGUCAGCGUCAUGAAGUGUUACGACUAAUGGGCAGUAUUCUGGGUGUCCGAAGGGAAGAAAUGGAGCAGAUGUUUAAUGAAGAUCAGGGCAGUGUUACCAGGUGGAUGACUGGGUGGCUUGGAGGAGGAUCAAAAAGUGUCCCCAACACACCUUUGAGACCAAAUCAACAAUCUCUGCUUAAUAGUUCUUUUUCAGAGCUUUUUGUUAAAUUUCUAGAAACAGAAUCUCACCCAUCUAUUCCACCACCAAAGCUUUCUGUUCCUGGUAUGAAACUUUUAGAUUCACCAGGAAGGAGAAAACAAGAUACUAAUGUACCAGAAAGUUAUAAAGAUGCAACAGACUCCAGGACUGGGAGAAGAACAGACGUGAGCCCCUUCCUCGCCCCCCGCUCUGCAGCCGUGCCUCUGGUCAACCCAGCUGGGCUGGGUCCUGGGGGGUCCGGGCAUCUCCUGCUGAAACCCAUCUUGGAUGUCUUGCCCACAUUCACACCUCUGCCGGUGUCACCUGACAGCAGCGCUGGAGUCGUAUUGAAAGACCUUUUGAAGCAAUAGAUGAUUCUCAAGCCAGAGACGAUGUAGCACUUUAAAGAAACCGUGAACACUAUGUGUACGUACUUUCACAAAGUGGCCUUUUGGAAAAAGUCAUGUUUUUGUUUGCAGUUGUACUUUCUCUGAAUUUAAUAAAAAUAUUAAACCAUUAAGGCUUUUA